UCACUAGGAGCAGAGCACAGGGCAGGCACAGCAAUUGAUUGGGGCGGGGGGAAAAACUGUUCCCCUUUGGUAGUGCUCAGCCGAAACCUGUCACUGGCUCUCACAGAAGUGUGUGUCAUAGGAAGAAAACGCAGGGACACGGAGAGAAGAGAGAAAAAAAGAAGCACAACAAAUGGAGAAGAGUGGAGAGAACCUCAGCAGUUUUUCAAACCCCCAAACAAACUACGGUUAUGCUCAGAAUCCAGUUUAUCCGCCAGAUAUGUCGGGUGGUCAUUCUGUCCCAGUUUAUAUGCCCCCUCCUCCUAGUUACAGUGAACAAGAUCCAGCCGUACUAAAUGCCCCAAAUAACAACCCGUCUUCUCAAGUUUUCCUUGGAGCAAACAGUUACCCUGAGCAUGAUGCAGAAGCUGGCCCUCCAGAGUAUACCUUUGGUGUGGCUGACAGCAGCCCUUUCUCAGAGAGUGUGAUCAGAAGAGCUUUCAUCAGGAAGGUUUACCUAACCUUGGCCAUGCAGCUAGCUCUCACUGUUGGACUUAUCUGCAUGUUUAUUUUUUGGAAAAGACUGAAGUACUGGGUGCAGGAUUACCCAUAUAUUGUGUAUGCCCUCUGCCCUGCAAUCAUUAUUCUGGCUCUGGUCCUUGCAUGCUGCCAGCAAGUGCGCCGUAAAGUGCCCUACAACUUCAUCUUUCUUGGACUAUUUACUGCAGUGGAAGGAUGCAUGCUUGGAACCCUAGCCGCACUCUUCGAUGCUGAUGCAGUUAUGUGGGCUGGCGUAGCCACAAUAGUUGUCACAUUGGGACUGACCAUUUUUGCACUACAGACAAAGUGGGACUUCACCAUGCUUUCUGGGGGACUGUGCGUUGCAUUGCUGGUGCUAAUGUGCUUUGGCGUAUUGUGUGCAAUCCUGAGAUCAAUGUACCUCAAUAUAGUGUAUGCGUCCAUUGGAACCUUCAUCUUUGGAAUGUACUUGGUUGUGGACACGCAGUUGAUAGUUGGUGGGAAACAUCGCUAUGCCAUAAACCCAGAAGAAUAUAUCUUUGCUGCCCUCAACAUCUACUUGGACAUUGUCAAUCUCUUCCUUUUACUGCUGCAGAUUUUUGGGAUCUGCGGUUCUAAUUAAUCAAUUGACAAUCAAGCUAAUUAUUGUGCCACAAGGCCUGCGUGCGUUUAUCAGCAUUCGCAUAACUGCAGCCAUUUUGCAUCACCCACGCGCAACAGCCUCUACAGAGAAAAACCAGAGCUUUUUUACAGCUCAUUGCACUCAUUUGUAAAAUCUUUGUUCCUAUGUCUAUUUUAACUAUUUAUUUAAUGAAAGUGUUCUUCCUCUUAAAGAAUAACUCGCCUGUGAAUUAGUUGCUCUGUAGUAAAAAAAUAAAAUCAAUGUCUUUAUCAUAUAGGGUACUAAAAAGGAUUCAGUCUUGA